AUGGGCCCCUGUACCGCCUCCUCAUGCUGCUGCCAGGCCCCUAAUCUGCCAUGGGCCCCCAUACCGACUCCUCAUGCUGCUGCAGGCCAGGCCCGCAAUCUGUCAUGGGCCCCUGUACCGCCUCCUCAUGCUGCUGUCCAGGUCCAGAGUGUGUCAUGGGUCCCUGUACGGCCUCCCAUUGCUGCUGUCUCCAUCGCCACAGUCUGCCAUGUGCCACUUUCAGGUCUCCUCACACUGCUGGUGGUUUCCAUUUUGUCAUAGGGUGCUGUAUGGGCCUCCCAUUGCUGCUGCCUCCACCGCCACACUGUGGCUCACACUCUGGUUUUGGCCCCGUGACUGCCCAAAUGAGUGAAGUGUGCGGUGAUUCUAAGAUCGACGGCACUCAUCUGCAUGUCAUACUGACUGUCAGUAUUAUUUCUCUUCCCCAGCAGACUCCAAGGGCAUUUAAAUUCAAGGUACAGUGUUCUGCACUAAUAUAA